CUAAACAAAAUGCAGGUGUUACGUCCUUAAAGAUUAAAAAUUCUUAGUAGUCAGGAUUCUGUUUUCUUUUUUUUUCAUUAGUUUUAAUUGAUAAAUUUAUGCAGUAAAGAUGAGUCUUUCUGUUGAAAAUUCUAGAGAAAUACAUCGUUUAAAAAGGAGAACAAAGCGACUUUUCAAGUUCAACAUCAAUAAAGUCACAAAACUUGAACCUUCAGGCAAUCGGCGUAAAGGUAGUAAAUGUCCAGAACCCAGAAGUGGACACCGAAUAGUUGUUUAUAAUGGAAAUGUGUAUGCAUUUGGUGGUUUCAAUCCUAGUAUACAUGACGAUGACACUGAUGGUGAACAACAUCAAGUUUUAUUCAAAGAACUUUGGAGAUUUAAUUUUGCUGCAAAAAAUUGGACAAGAUUGGAAACUACUGGUACUAUGCCAGAUCAAUUAGCAUCACAUGCUGCUGCACUGGUAAAUAAUUGUAUGAUUGUCUAUGGAGGAACUGGAGUACCAUUUGGGGAAAGUAGCAGCAAUAGCACUCAUGUAUGUAAUUUGGAUAAAUUGGAAUGGCAAACGUUACCUACUACGGGUUACUUACCUCUUGAACAGUAUGGACAAGCAAUAACUGUUCACGAUGGUAAAAUGUAUGCAAUUGGAGGAACGACUGGAUACACAUAUUCCAUGACAGCUCAUUGCCUCAACCUCAUAACUAGGGAGUGGACAUUAAUUGGAAGUGACAAAAUAGAAGAUCUUCACCAUGAUCCAGCCCCUCGAUAUAGACAUGAAAUUGCUGUUUAUGAUAAUCAGAUAUUCGUAUUUGGAGGAGGAACUGCUUCUGAAACAUAUGGAUUCAAAGAGAUUCCAGUGCUUAAUUUAACUACUAACACUUGGAGAUACUGUGCUUCGUCCGAUGUUUACCCUCCUGCAAGAAAAUGUCAUGGAUGUGUACAGAGAGGAAGUGAUGUUUUCAUUUGUGGCGGUCUUGAUGGCUCGCAAAUUUUUUCUGAUGUCUGGAAAAUUAACUUGAAAUCUCUCCAAUGGGAAAAGCUCAAGACUCAGUUACCGACUCCUGUUUAUUUUCAUUCUACAGCUUUAUCUCCUGCGGGACAAAUUAUUAUAUUUGGAGGUGUCUCUGAUUUGACUCAAAAUGUACGGUCAAACGAACUAUAUUCAGUGUGGAUCAAGAUACCACCCUUAGCUGAGAUGUGCUGGCAAGCAAUUCUAACUUAUAUACCUAAUAUAGCGCUGUUAGAAAGACAAAAACUUGUUAAAACGGGUAUACCUAUUCAGUAUAUAAAUCAAAUAGAAUUUUCAAAAUCAUCUGAAAUUGAAAAUAAAAAUUGUUGCAAGUUGUUAUCUUAGCAAAAGUCUUGUGUUAUUGAAAUAAAAUUGUAUUUUUGAUUUUACUGGAAAAUAUCUAUGAAAGAAACUUACAGCAAUAUUUUUACAAUUGUUUAAAGCCUUGCAUGUUAUGAAUUUUUGUUCUUGAAUGUUAGCUCCAUCAACAUUCUUUUUUAUUUUUUAACCCCUUACUUUUUAACAUCAAAAUUGAUUAUUGGUUCAAUAUUUUGCUAUAUUGGUCACUGCUUUUAAAUUUCUGGUAUAUAUUGCAUGUUGCUUGCAUUCUUGUCAUUUAGACAAUUAUCACUCAAACGUUAUAUGUAACCAACAUCAAAAUCUCUUUUCUAGAAGUGAAUUAGUUUGGAUAUUUGUUCUAAAUUGAUUAUUUAGUUAAAAAUAAAUUUUGUUAAAGUUUUAAGAUUGUUUUAACUAAAGCCUGAAAAAGUUUUAGAAUAAUUUAAAAGUAAUAUUUGGAGACUUAAUUAAAGCUCACUAUUAGCUACUCAUUUAUUGCUACUAUAUUAUUUUAUCCUUGUUAUUGUUGUUACUUUCAUAUUUGUUAAUUUUUGCUACAUGCUUGAAUAAUGGUAUAAUAUGCAAGACUUAUCUAUGUAAAUAUACUCACAUACCUAUGUAUACAUAUUCAAUUUCCUAAUAUCUAUUGGGAAACUAGUUCAAAGAACGUUUUCUAGAGAUAUUUAUAAUGUGUGCUAUGCAUAAACUAAGAUAGUAUAUUUUGAUAACUAGAAUAUGACAAUCUAUAGUAUGUGUUUACAUGUAUUCCCAUAGAAAU